AUGGCAUUUGACGGCAGUUGGAAAGUAGACCGGAGUGAGAACUAUGAUAAGUUCAUGGAGAAAAUGGGCAUUAAUGUGGUGAAAAGGAAGCUUGCAGCUCAUGACAAUUUGAAAUUGACCAUCACACAAGAAGGGAAUAAAUUCACAGUUAAAGAAUCAAGCACCUUUCGCAACAUUGACAUUGUGUUUGAACUUGAUGUCAACUUUACCUAUAGUCUAGCAGAUGGAACGGAACUCAAUGGGACCUGGAGCCUUGAGGGAAAUAAACUCAUUGGAAAAUUCAAACGCGUAGACAAUGGAAAGGAGCUGAUUGCUGUCCGAGAAAUUUCUGGUGGUGAACUCAUCCAGACCUACACAUAUGAAGGAGUCGAAGCCAAGCGGAUCUUUAAGAAGGAAUAG